CCAGACCUGGAUUUGAAAGCCGUGUAGGCUGCAGUUCACCAAAGUCCAUCAUGGAGCCUGUUCCACUAACAGAGGGGAGUCUGCUUCCAGCAGGUUUUGUCCUCGAAGAUCCAGACUCCCACUACAUUUAUGUUUGUAGGAAGAUGCAUGGAUUAUUGGAAGGUGCUCCCCAGCUUCCCAGUCAAGUGGGAGCAGCCAUUGCACAAUGACUAGAGGGUACCUUCUAAACAUUUAUACAAUCUAUCAUUCUAAAUUAUAGUUGCUCAAUCCACAAUGUACCAAAGAGAUACUAGAAUGUCACUUUAGAAGGUAUGUGCUCCACAUUGGUAAUUCAUUAGUGAUGCUGGAACGGUGAUAUCAUUGAAAAUGAGAUCAUCCUUUUCAAUGUUGUGUUAUUGUUAUGUUUAGUCUUCAGUUUAUGUCUUUGUUAUACAAAGAGUGCCUUUAAAACGAAAAUUAUAUGGCAGGCUUAACAAUUUAAUAGAAAAGGCUGGCUGUGAAGGGUCUAUCCUUUUCCAAAAAGUUGGCUGCUGAAGAAUUUCUGAGUUCACACAUGCUAUAGCUGUGUUUUAAGGAUUAACAUAAUCGAGUUUUUCUGGCUUUUCUAGGACUUAAACUUUUUGAAUAUUGCAUGUUAAUGUUUAUAGGUGUUAGAAAAAAGUUCAAAAUUGAACUAAUAUAAGAUGAAAAGGUGAUGCAUAAAAUGGAACUUUGUAAUUAAAUUAGUAAAUUUCAAUUUCACGAUUUAGGCAUUUCCUGAGUUUUAUUGCACUACUUAGGAAUAUAGGGCAUUCAGAUAUCCUAUAUUUGUUCAGUUUUUGCCUCUUAGAUUACUCUUAAGGAUUUUUGUAUCUUUGGCACCGAUGCAAGGCACUUCAGAUUGCUGCUUGCUUACGAAUGUUGUAAACAUGACAUAUUGCAUUGAGCAUUGUGGAAUGAAUAUGUGAUUCAUUAUACAACUUUUAGAGCUAAUGGGAAAUAUAAACAGGAUAGCCAAAUGAUCUGUUGGCCUAUGCAGUCAAACAAUCAACUUUUAGAGCUAAUGGGAAGUAAACAGGAGAAUUUUUGUAUCAAUUCUACACAACAAUAGAAAAAAGUACAAUACUUUUAAAUAUGCACAUGUUAAAUCUAUGAUCUUUAUAUGUAAACCUUUUUAAUUUUGCAUAUAUCAAUUUUGAAAAUUACAUGGAUUGGCAUGAAUCAACACCCGUGGUUAAUAAAAGGUUGCUGAGAAGGAAUAUUUUGUCAAAUUCCUUUGAUAGAUAGCUAUGUUCAAGCAGAAAGAGGUUGUAUAAACAUUUAACUGUUCAAAGUUGAUGAAGAAUUUAUUUUAUCAAAAAGAAAAUCAAGGAGAAGUUGUCUUAAAGAAGGGAGAAAGGAUAUGCUUGAAGAAGGUGCCCUGGGGAAGCAAAACCAAAGAUGCCUGCCUCCCUCCAGUUCCACGUUCAGAAGUCUCACAAGAUGAAAAAGGAAGAGUGCUGGUGGGUUGAUGAGGUCUCAUGUAUGAGCAACAACUCAAUAAGGUGAACCAUCAGCUGGGGAGUUCAAGAAGACAUUUAAGAGAAAAAUGAGCCUGACUUUCUCAUAAAGGUCACAUUGAGAACAGAUAGGGAUGAGAUCAAAAAAGAAAGAAAAAGAAAAAAAAAAAAAAAGAAAGAAAAAGA